AUGUCUUUUGACGCCCAACCCUUAACCCGUGUACAUCGAUUCAAAGCCUCGUCUCGGUCUAUAGGAAACAGUUUCGACGAAGGCUCUGUUAAGCGUAUUCAUCCACAACCUAAGCUUUUCUUAGGCUUAACCAAAGUUCAAGCUUCCCCUCGCCGUCAAAUAAAGCUUCCAUCUGGCUUAACAACAACUCGAUCCAAAAAAGUGCCAAUCCUCCCAAUCCAAAAUAAAUCAAGUUCCAACAACUCAUUAAACAACUCUUCGUCGUCCCGUCGUGUCUUUGAAGGGCUUUUAUCAAGCCGAGCUACUAAACAAAUAAACCUGAGCUUUAACAGUCCUUCAAGCUCUUUACAAAGUUUGAAUUCAAGCAGAACCAGAACUGCAAGGUCACAUUUAAAAUCAUUAUGCAAGUUUAUAAUAAAUAAAUUUUAUGGUUUUUUUUUAUAGAAUUUGGGGAUUUUUAGCAUAAAAAGGAUAUCAACUGAGUCAAAAAAAAAUCUAAAACUUUAUUUAUCACCUGGGGAAGUCUUGAAAAACAUGGGAAAUAUGCUAACUGAAUAUGAACAAUUAGAAAUUUUGGAUUAUAAAGAAAUUUAUUUUAUAGGGUCAGGAGCUCCCACAUUAAAAUGGUGUGGCGAACCAACCACCCUCUUAAAACCUGUAGCUGAGGAGAACCAGGGACCUUGUGGAAGGGAGGAUAGUGUUUGGUGAUGUGCAUCCAACCAGGUUUUACUUAGCUUUUUGGAGCGCGAUGUCCUCUUUAGAGGACCGGAUGCUCGUAUCCAGGCCAAGGUUUUGCCUCACACAAAGAAUGAAGUUCGGAGUUGGAAAGGGGCGUUCCAGUAGUACCAGUGAGGUUCCUCCCGAUCAAUCGCGAACGUUCCCCAGCGCGAUGCCAGGUGUUGUGUCCUUGGCUACGAAUUUCCAUCUUGGUCUGCAGGGGACCAGAAAAUCCGUUUUUCGAACUUUCUGAAAGCCAAACUCCGUUGACGUGCAACAUGGUGGCCUCGCCUCUAGCUCACGGGUAGCGAAUGCAAGCACUCAUCCAUGAGGAGCAACACAAUAAGAGGCCGUGCUCAGACUGGUAAGCAAGCAGUGUAGCAAUAGGGAGGUGAAUACAGCUUUGCGGAGCCUUCGGGAGCUUUCGAUAAUCUUAUUAAGUCACGUUAAGUUUUUUAAGGUCGGGAGCUCCCAAAAUCCAUGCGAAAAAUGAAAAUUUCAACUAUGGGUAUGACGAUGAAAAAGGAAAUUAUAAUUGUGUCAUUGGGGAUCAUAUUGGCUAUAGGUAUGAGGCUUUGAGCUUUUUAGGAAAAGGAUCUUUUGGGCAAGUAUUGAAAUGUAUGGAUCAUAAGAACGGAGAGAUUGUUGCUUUGAAAAUCAUAAAAAAUAAAAAGAGGUUCAUUAAACAAGGCGCUGUCGAGGUGAAGGUCCUUGAUUUAUUGAAAGCCCAAGACCCAGAGGACAAAUUUAAUAUUGUUAGAAUAAAGGACAAUUUUAUGUUUCGGAAACAUUUGAUAUACUUCUUUCUAUUAAAUUUCCCAAUUAAUUUUCUAUUUAAAUAUUAUUUUUCAUAUAAAUAUUGAAGGAUAAUUACCUUUGAGCUUUUAUCCAUCAAUCUCUACGAGUUCUUAAAACUUAACUCUUUUGAAGGCUUAUCUCUAUCUCUAGUCCGUAGAUUUGCAGUCCAAAUUUUAGUCGCUAUGCGAUUCACUAAACUUUAUUCCAUAAUCCACUGUGACCUAAAGCCAGAAAAUAUAUUACUAAAAUCCCCUAAUGAGUCUGCAAUAAAAAUAAUUGACUAUGGCUCUUCUUGUCUUGAAGCAGAAAGGAUUUAUACAUAUAUUCAGUCAAGGUUUUAUAGAGCGCCUGAAAUUAUAUUAGGAAUUCCUUAUACAACAGGGAUUGAUAUGUGGAGUUUUGGGUGCAUUGUGGUAGAACUUCAUACUGGGUACCCAUUAUUUCCUGGAGAAAAUGAGCAUGAGCAGCUGCUAAGGAUUAUUGAGGUGUUAGGUGUCCCGCCUCCUAAUAUUUUGGAACAAAGCACUAGGAAAAAAUUAUUUUUUGAGCCGGACGGACAGCCAAAAAUUGUCCCAAAUUCGAGAGGGAAAUUGAGAUAUCCAAAUACAAGGCCACUGGCAGCUAUGGUUGGGACUAAUGAUGGGCUGUUUCUAGAAUUCGUAAAAGAUAUUUUGAACUGGGACCCAGACAAAAGGCUGAACCCUGAUGAAGCUUCAAGGCAUCCUUGGAUUUGCCAAAGCUCUAGGCCACAGCUAUCCCCAAGGAAGAAGCCUAUUACAAAGAAAUCAAAGUCGUUUUUGAGCGAAGACUUUCUAAGUAAGAAAAUAACCUGUAAAUAA